UGAGUGUGUAUUAUUAUGACACCUUGUUGGUUGACAGUUGACAUUGACAGAUUUUAACAUUUCUUGCUUUCUUUCCUUCCGACAUCUUGAACUACGUUAAACACGCGUUUUUCGGGUGUAAAGAAAUUAAAUUCGAGAUGAAACUGAAUCGAAAUGUUUCCUCAUCGCGGCGUAAGAGCCGAAAGCGCCAUUUCCAGGCCCCGUCGCACAUCCGAAGGAAGUUGAUGUCGGCUCCACUUUCCAAGGAACUAAAACAAAAGUACACAGUACGUUCUAUGCCAAUUCGCAAAGAUGAUGAAGUGCAGGUUGUCCGCGGACACUACAAGGGCAAUCAGGUUGGUAAGGUAGUGCAGGUGUACCGUAAGAAAUUUGUCGUAUAUAUCGAACGAAUUCAACGCGAGAAGGCCAACGGAACCAAUGUGUAUGUCGGUGUACAUCCAUCCAAAUGUCUAAUCGUUAAGCUGAAAAUGGACAAAGAUCGGAAGAAGAUAUUGGACCGCCGUGCGAGUGGACGUCGUGCGGCUCUGGCCAAGGACAAGGGCAAGUACACCGAAGAAUCGGCUGCCGCCUCCGCGAUGGAAACCAGUUCGUAAUCCUGAAAUGUGUACUAUGCAGCGGGUGCGAAUUUUUUGAGCUGUUGCAUCUUAAGAAGUUAAACAAUAAACUAAGAGAAAUCUAAAA